AUGGAUUCUAAAAAAUCAUUCCUCAUCCUUGGCCUAUUAGCCAUAUUUCUUCUAAUUUCUUCACAGGUGUCAGCUAGGGCAUUAACUCAGACUUCCACUAAUGCCAACAAAGAGGAGGUUGUUGAAAACUCAGAUGAAGUAAAUGAUGCCAAAACAUUUGUUUACGGAGGCUAUGGUGGAGGCUAUGGCGGAGGCUAUGGUGGUUACCAUGGAGGAUACGGUGGUUACCACGGAGAUCACGGUGGAUACGGUGGCUACCAUGGCGGCAAUGGUGGUUAUAAUGGUGGCAAUGGUGGAUACCAUGGCGGCGGUGGUUACAAUGGUGGCAAUGGUGGUUACCAUGGUGGUGGUUACGGACAUGGAGGUGGCGGUGGUGGCGGCGGUGGUGGAGGAGGCUAUGGUGGUCAUGGAAGAAGCGGUGGUGGUGGUGGAGGAGGCGGUGGGGGCGGUGGUUACGUUAGUGGAGAGGUUUCCAACAAUGAUAACUGA